UAAUUUUAGGUAGGUACCUUGUAUACUUGUAUGUUUGCAAGAUGGUUGUCUCACAGAAUCCUUCGAUAAAAGCCCACCGUUGCUCGCCGCUGCCCGAGUUAACUACGUUCUCCGAAGCUACUUUACUUACAUACCUUCCAACUUAACUAGACACCUACUAGAACUAGACUCUGCCACUACCCCUUUCCUUUAAUUCACCAUGGCUACUCCUCAGCCCAAAGGCACUAUCCUCGUCACCGGCGCAGGCGGCUACGUCGGCGGGCAAAUCGUCCGGGAGGCUCUGGAGUCCGGGUUCAACGUGCGCAUCACAGCACGCACCGAGUCCUCCGCAACACGCACCAUAUCGAACUACCCGUCCUUCGCUUCCGCGCUAUCCUACACCCUCGUCCCCGACAUGACAAUCCUCGAGUCCUACGCGCCGGCCUUCGCAGACGGUGCCAUCGAAGGGAUAAUCCACUCCGCGUCCCCGGUCAACUUCAGCCCCCAGGACAACGUCCGCGACCUCCUGGACCCGGCGAUCAAAGGCGCCACCACGAUCCUCGAGGCCGCGCGUAGGUUCGGCCGAGGCAAGGUCCGCCGCGUCGUGGUCACCAGCUCGUUCGCGGCCGUCGUCGACCCGGAGAAGGGCGUCCGCCCGGGGUACACGUACGACGAGAAGGACUGGAACCCGGUGACGUGGGAGGGCGCGGUCACGGCCCAGAAGCUCACGGCUUACAUGGCGAGCAAGACGCUCGCCGAGCGCGCCAUGUGGAGGUGGAUGGACGAGCACGGGGACGACGUCGCGUUCACGCUGGCGACGAUCUGCCCGCCGUGGGUCUUCGGCCCGUACGUGCGCGCGCCGGCGACGCGCGCCGCGCUCAGCGAGUCCGUGCUGCUGCUCGACGACAUCGUCGACGGCGCCGCGGUGCCGCCGUUCGACUACGGCGGGUACGCGGACUCGCGGGAGGUCGCGGCCGCGCACGUGCGGGCGCUGGAGGCCCCGGACGGCGUCGCGGGCGGGCAGCGGUUCCUCGUGGGCCAGAACUUCCGGUACCAGGCCGCGGUGGACGGGGCGCGGGAGGCGCUUCCGGAGGCGCGGGCGCGGCUCCCCGUGGGGAAGCCGGGGGAUCGGUCGCCGGAGGACGCGCACCGCUUCGACGGGUCGAAGGCGGCGAGGGUGUUGGGGGUGGAGUAUGGGACGCUGAAGGAUACGGCGGUGGAGACGUAUAAGCAGCUGUUUGAGAUUAGGAAGUUGGAGAGGGAGGAGGAGGAGGCUAAGGCUAAGGCUUGAUUGGGGAGGGUCAGUAACGGUUGGUAAAGUGCAUGUGAUAAUUUCUAUAAAGACGGUAACGGUAACGGUAAAGCCAAACAGAAAAAAAAAAUAAAAAUAAAAAAAGCGACAAGAUAGAUACCUUAGGUAAAGAUAUUAAUUUCGAUUCAGCCCUAUCAACCCAGACCCGAGGGCCUGUAGAUAUAGCCUAUUG